AAAAAAAAAAAAAAAAAAAAAAAAAAAAAAAAAAGGCACAAAUUUAAGUGUUUGUCUCAAACUGGAGAUGUAGAGACUUAUGGAUAUUACAUCAUUAUAUAAAACUGUAGUAUCGCAAGUGAUGUUACCUAAUGACAUUAAACAGAAGCAACUCUUCAUACCAAAUGAACGUGUAGCUAUUUAUUCUGUCCUCUAUAGCUCUAUAGCUUGUGGUGUAUUUUACACUGGGAGUUCAGAGCCUGCUAAGAACUGUUCCUCACAGGUUCAAUAGCUGUCUGAUGGCAGUGUCUUUCUCCAACUUCCUGCAUUGGACCUGUUCAACAAAUGCCAUGCCACAUUAAAAAAUGAAAUCUCCAACUGAUUUAGUAAACUGUCACUAGAACCUUGUCCCAUUAGCUGCUCAGCCUGAGCAGCCUGCUACUAAAGAUGCUUUCUUGCUCCUUUCUUAGGACCAUGGAAUCUGGGUAAUUAAAUUGCGUUCAGAAGUUUUAUUAAUUCAGCCUGUGUUAUCCAACUUUGCAGAAGAUCUAAACAGAUGCUGGGAAAAUUUAAUUAGAACAUGUAACUUAUGUUCAGAUUGUAUAACUCCUUUAAUAGAUAUGGUGAUAAAAAGAUAAAUCCACUAGGAAGCCAUUGUUUUAGACUGGCUUUCUUAUUUUUAAUACUAUUUGAUGGUUAAGCGUUGAAAAUAACUCAUUGCGAGGGAGUUGGUGUCUAGCUUGAAAUAUAGGUCUUAAGGGGUUUUACACAGAAUCAGAUUUUUAAUUAUUAGCAUUUUUUUCCUUGACUGCAUGACAACAUGUAAUUUAGUUCUAUUAGAAAUAAAAAGACAAUUGGCUGUCUUAGUGUCUGUGUGAAGGAGUAUGUUUACAAGCAGUUGAGUUAAAAUUCUAAAUCAAUGUUUGCUGGUCAAGGAAAAGUUUAAAGUCCUACUAUGCUGGAAUUUUGAAAUGGCUGCCAGGAUGAUCACUCAGAGCUUGUUAGCAGGACCUCUUACAAGCUGACCAAAGAUGCUUGCUGGUCUGCUAGCUUACUUUGAAUAGCUUUUUACUCUGAAUCUCUGUCUUAAAGAACCACGAACUGUGAUAGCAGGUAUGAUGAAACAAUACAGUAUUACAAGUUUCUGUGUCUUGCAUUCUUGCCUAACAAAUGAGUUAAGUGCAACUGGACUCAUCAGGCUGGACUGGAGCUGCAGCAGAUUAAAGUUCCUUUAAAUGAAAUUGUCCCAAAUCAAGGCUUGAAUAGGGAAAAAAUUGCCCUGCCCUAUCUCACACACUCCCUCCUCCCUGCCACAAAAAGCAGAGAACAGAAAAUAUUAAAAGUACACUUUUUUUUUUUUAAUUACCCAUGAUAAUUUGGAAUAUCCUUAUACUGGAUGAUUGUUUUAAGCUUGCAUCCAGAUACUCAAUUCUUAACAGCUAAACAGCAGGUUAUUUAUGACUGCCUUGUGUCUUGUGACUGUGUCCAACACAUGAUGCCUUAAAUCUGGAUUACAACAAAGUACUCAAAAGGAGUGCCCUUCUAAAGAGCUAGCUUGUGGUUUGGAUGUUAGUGACAGAGUAAAAGCUAGAAGAGUUUUAGUCUCCUUCAAAACCGCAAAAAAUGGUGUGUUGUUUUUUUAUAUUGGCUGGAGGAGGAAUAAAAAAAAUCUUGGGACUUUAGUCCUCCAUUAUUCCAAAGGAAGAUUCCAAAGAUGUUAGACAGUAAACUUGCUCUUGUAAACAGCUCUGCUUUAGGAACUCUUUGUUCCUUACAUGAGUCACGGCUAUGACAGCAUUUUUACUAAGCAGUUAAUGGUUCUCUAAUUCAAUACAUAAUGUCUUCCCUAUAUUAGAAAGAUACUAUUAAACAAAACUUGUUUGUUUUUAAUCUUUAAACUACUCCACAGUAUUUCCCAGUCCCCCAUUCAGAGGAAAAAGUGGAUUUUUCUGAAAAGUGGACUUUAGAGCAUUUACCGUAAGGCAGUUUUGGCCCAUUACUGGCAUUCUUCAGUAAACACUGCUUUUUGUUUGAUCUCUUGGUAAUAAAUAACAAAAGGAACAGAUAAAUAAAUUACAAAUUCGGUCAUGGCUAUUCUAGUCUAUUCAGCUACAAAAUGAGAAUCAUGCUUGUUAUCCUGCAGUUUAUAACCAUACUAUGCAACUUAGAGAUGGUUGUCUCACUUUUGGGGGAAAGCAGAAGCUCUUCAGAAAAAGCUUUCCACAGGGGAACAAGAGAACUGAAUGCUCCAUCUCCAAUAGAUUGUAAACUGAGCAGCUGGAGCGCGUGGGGGCCCUGCGACCCAUGCACCUAUCAAAGGUUUCGCUCUAGACAUAUUGAAAGAUUUGGACAAUUUGGUGGAAAACCGUGCCUGGAGGCCUUGGGAGACACACAGACCUGUGAAACCAGUGAAGUCUGUCCUGAAAAACCAGAAGCAGACUGUGGUGCUGACUUUCAGUGCACUUCUGGUCGGUGUAUAAAGCAACGACUUGUGUGCAAUGUAGACAACGACUGUGGAGACCUUUCUGACGAAGAUGCCUGUAAAUCUGACCCACGAUCACCAUGCCGUAACCACGACAUUGAUGUGUCUGAAGUUGGUAGGACUGCAGGGCACGGAAUCAAUAUUUUAGGGAUGCAGCCAAUGGCCAGUCCAUUUGACAAUGAAUUUUUCAAUGGUCUUUGUGAAAGGGUGCGUGAUGGAAACACACGGAUAUACUACCGCAAGCCAUGGAACGUGGCUGUUCUCAUUUACGAUACAAAAGCAGACAAAACCUUCACAUCAGUAUUCUACCAUGAUCGUUCAAAAAUGUUACGAGAGGUCUACAUGGAAAACCAGAAACACUUUAGUGCUGGACUGUCUCUGAAAUAUACACCUACUGUUGGAAGCAAUAUUGAUGUAGAAGGAAAUUUCACGUAUAAUUAUAGAAAGGCUGCAACCUUAAAUUCCAUUCUGCAAAGUUCCACUGAAAGGAACCAAACCUUUCUGCAUGUAAAAGGAAAGAUUCAGCUGGGAAGAUUCCAAAUUCGGAGUCGUGAUGUCCGUCUCACAGAUAGUUUCCUAGAUGAUUUAAACGUUUUGCCUGCUGAAUAUGAUAAGGGGGAGUAUUUCAAAUUCCUAGAAGAUUAUGGAACUCACUAUGCAGUCUCUGGAACUGUAGGAGGAAAAUAUGAACUUGUGUACGUGCUGGAUGAUUAUGCUAUGUCUCGAAUAGGUAUCACUGUAGAAGACGUGCAAAAAUGCCUUGGUUAUCACUUAGAUGCCGGUAUUGCAUUUAGAAACUUGCACGCCGAUUUUAAUAUUGAUAGUGGCAAAUGUAAAAAGAUUCAUGUGAAGGACAAAUCACAAUUAAAUGAUGAUGCUGUCAUUGAUGAUGUCCUCUCCUUAGUUGAGGGGGGAAAGAUUGACUUUUCAGUUAAAAUAAAAGAAAUGUUACUACGAGGAUCUAAAAUGGUUGAUGUGGAGGAUUACAUACAGUGGGCAAAGUCUUUGGUUGAUGCUCCAGUAGUGAUACAGCAACGGCCUUCCCCAAUACAUACACUUGUUCCAGUUAAGAUGAGAGAUGCACAUUUAAAGAAACAAAAUUUGGAAAGAGCAAUUGAAGACUACAUUACUGAAUACAGUGUGUGCAAAUGUGAACCCUGCAAAAAUGGAGGCACUCUUGUGCUGGUAGAUGGAGCCUGUACAUGCCUGUGCUUAAGCUAUUUUAAGGGAAUUGCUUGUCAGAUUCCCAAAUCAACAUUAAUUGAAGUACCAGUUGUCAUUGAUGGAGGCUGGAGCUGUUGGAGUGCCUGGUCCACCUGCAUCAAUGGAGAAAGCACUCGAACUCGCCAGUGUAAUAAUCCUGCACCAGGACCUGGUGGCAGACCAUGCCAGGGAGAAAGCAUUGAAAAACGGCCCUGUGAAGGAAAAAAAUAGCUAUGCUCCUCAAAAACAGAAAAAAAUAAUGGAUUUCAAACAAAUUCCACCAACCACAGUUUCUGCUGUCCAGCUAGAUACCCAAGAGCAGUGGAAUGGCAUGACAAAAGUACCUGCAGCUUCAAUGAUUGGUAAUCAAAACAAAGUAAUACACCAAUAAAUGUAUUAACAGUCAUAAGCUGA